AGAGCGGAAAAGUGAAGUGAAGAGAAGAGACUCAGCACGGUCCAGUCCAGCGGCCCAUCAGGUGAUUCUUCGUGAGGAUGAAAGUGGUGAUUGUCAGCAGCUGCCUCUUGGCCUUGACCUUGGCUGGUCCGGUGCGGCAUGCCAGAGAUUUGGACAGUGGCAGCAACGAGGCAAUGUCAACCCAAAGCCAACUGGCCAACACAUUAAUGUUCCAACGCAUGUUGCAAAGCCGCCGACUCAACACCUUUCCCAAAUCCAAUCGUUUUCAGAACUGGAACUACUUGGCUUACCUCAAUAGGCUGAGACAAUCGCCGUUGCUUAAUUAUUACGGCCCCCCCAUGGGAAACGGGAUGAACGUUUUUGCGCAAAACGUCGCUGGAAUGACCUCCAACAGUGGGGACAUGUCCAUGGAAGACACGGUCGGUAUGAUUAGUACAAUCCAGCAGAUGCUUGCAACCCUCGGCCUGCCUGACUAUGGACCACCUCUUGACCCAACGUAUGAUGAUCCAUUUGGACCAGGGCUGGGUACAAAGCCAGUUGGGUUUGACCAGAAGAACCCAGGAGGUCCAAUCGCUGAAGUUGUGAAUCCGCCGCCGCCGCCAGCAGCAGCUGUCCUCCCGUUCCUGGACUCUCUGCAGAAUACAGACUUGGUUGAAUUAAAUCUGGGAGAUGAUCAGACGGUCGCAGUAGGUAAUCAGACCGCUGGUCUUCUUGCAGCAUCCAAUGAGCCUGCUGUUGUGGACUUCAAUCCCGGGGAACCCCUGCCUAUUGCAGGAUUAAUGAACCAGCCUGGGCCUGUUGAAGACUGGCUUCAGCCACCCCAACCUGCAGAGGCCCAGGGUGUUGAUGAAGCUGUGUCCAGUGUUGGUGAAGCAACAGAGUUUGUGCUGGACAUCACCGCCUUGGAAGGGCAAUUGAUGGAAGACAUGGACACCAACUCCAUGGCAGAGUCGGUGGAGUCUGUGGCCACCAAUUCCAACUCGUCAGAGUCGGUGGAAGAUAGCGUCUCUGCCUCCGAUGAGGCCGACCUCCUUCAGGUUGUGUUGAUGGAUGCCACUGGAGAUAUCGCAGUGGACUAUGGGUAUGGCACCAACCCCCAUGCCGACAACGAUGUCGACUUGGGUCCAGGAGGCACAGCGGGAUCCAACCAGGAAGACGACUACUUGGACUAUAGAUACACUGAUUUCAAUGGGGCCACUUUUGAUCCCAGUGACACCAUGCUGAACAAAAACGACCCAUGCAAGAAGUUCCACUGUGGACAUGGAGAGAUCUGUGAGCUCAACUUGGAGGGAGAUCCUCUUUGCCUGUGCCAAGAUAUGUCAACCUGUCCCACCAACAUUCCAGAUCUACAGACCGUCUGUGGCACCAACAACGAGACUUAUGAAAACCACUGCCAGUUUUAUGCCUCCAAAUGUGAGCUUGAAAGCACGAUGGCACGCAGGAUUCACCUGGAUUACGUUGGAUCUUGCAAAUACAUCGCUCCGUGCCUGAACACCGAGCUGGAGGAGUUCCCGCUGCGCCUGCGAGACUGGCUGAAGAACAUCUUGAUACAGAUGUACGAGCAGGACCUGCAGUCUCCCGGCAUCCUUUCCCCGAGGGAGCGAGCGACGAUGAAGAGGCUGUACAAUGAGGAGCAUCACCUCCCUCGUGGUGAUUACUCUCCACAGAUGCUGCUGGACGACUUCACUCACAACUACUACCACUUCACCUACCCUGUGCAUUGGCACUUCCAACAGCUGGACCAGCAUCCCGUGGAUGGUUACCUUACCCACUCUGAGCUGGCCCCUUUGCGCAUGCCUGGGAUUCCUUUGCAACACUGCGCAACCCGGUUUUUCACAGCCUGUGACACCAGCGGUGAUGCGGACAUCUCCCUCCGGGAAUGGGCCAAAUGCUUCAGCCUCAGAGAAGAGGACAUUGAUCCCAAUUACAUCUUCUAACACGUCCACUGGAGGUAUGGACCUCAACACUGAUCUCAAUUGAAGUCCAUGAUCAAUCAAGAUAUGACAGCUGGAUUCUUCACCAGCACAAGAAAUAUUAUGCAAAACAAACCUGUCAUCUGCUUUGAAUAUAUUUCAUUUGGGGUUACCUUUUCUUGGUUGGUGUUGUAUAGAAAGCUACAAAAUGCUGAAACUUCCCCAUUAGAAGUCUGCUCUUAAUUAAAAACCCUCCCGUUUUCCCCAGCUACCUCCUCCCAACCCAUCUCUAAGGACACCACCCCUUCCACCCAGUUUCUCUGUCUCCACUACAUUUGUUCUUGAGAUGGGGAGAAUAGUGAAAGGCCGCGAUAGAGUGGAUGUGGAGAGGAUGUUUCCACUAGUGGGCGAGUCCUGGAC